UUCAAAUUGACCGUAAAUAUAAAGCCACUUGGCACAGUUUCAUUCGUCGUAAAUGAUUCCACCCAACGGUAUGCUACUAGAACUCCACAACAACAUCGUCCCGUUCCUUUGCUUAAGCUGGAUGGAAGGGAACCCAGAAACGUUUCCGUUUAUGGGUAAGGUUUCUUCUCAUUUCAAUCGGGUUGCUCUGUAUCUUCAGUUCACCUUCUGCAGAGCAACAUCUUCAUCAUCUUCAGUUAAUAGUAGGCCUCCGGAUGAGAAGAGAGGUUUUCAAUGGAGGCGGAAUGGCAAGCAGUCUGGAGUUGGGGAACGGGAGAAGGGCGCCGUUGCCGGCGGCGUGACGAAGAAUUGCUCUGCCGGGGCUGGAGCCCGGCGCCAUGGCUACGACCGAGGAGGGAGGAAGUCAGUGAUUGAGGGGAGAGCAGAAAGAGAAAGGAACAGAAAUGGCGGAGGAAGAAGAUGGAAGUAGGGAUAAAGCCGAGAUAGAUGCUUGGAUUGGGGAGGAUAUACCGAGGGAGACUGGGGGGGGGGGGGGGGGGGGGGGGGAAUAGAAGCAAGCGGCUUUCUUUAUUUGAUACUUGUUUAUCCAAUUUGAGAUAUAUAUAUAUAUAUAUAAUAAACAGUUCAUUUAUUUGUAUUGUUGACACUUGGAAUAUUGUUUUCUUGUUUGAAAAACUAUUUAUAAAUAAAUUAGGCAAUUACUC